CACACAGUGAGGCUAAACAGACAGAGGAGAGGAGAAGCAACGCUCCGGAGAGAGAGAAAGAGAGACCCGCUCCUGAGACUACAAUAUCCAAGGACAGAAAGCCUGGAAAAGGGGAAUCCUGCAGGACAUACAGAGCCCCAGGAGGAGGGAGACUCUACAGGGAGACAGUCGAGACACAGACUGAACCAGCUUGUCACAGAAGAGAGGCCAUGAUAGAAGCCGAGUAAAAGCCCGGGCUGCACCCUCACUCCUGCCCCUCCAUGGCAGCAGCUCCACGGCUGGAGCACAGAGGCAGAUCCGGAGUGAUGGCUGGCAGCUCCUGGGAGCUCCUGGGACUUCAGGGCAGGAUGAGGAGCUCCUACCCCUGGCUGUGUGAUCCACGGGGCUGCCCGCAGUGCCCCUAUCACAUCCGCACGGGCGAGGAGGCACGGAUUCCUUACGCUGAGUUCAGCGAGACCUUCGGCUUCCCCUAUGGCCCUAACCUUGCAGGGAACCGGCUCCUGCUACUGUAUGAGAUGCGGACCCCCUCGGGGAGCCUGGUGCAGAGUGGCGUGGCCUCAGACUGCCCCCUGUACGGCCUGCACCCCGAGGGGCUGCUUCUCGGCUCGGAUGGGUACCUGCGCUCGGUGCUGCAGACCUACGAGAACGUGGGCUCAGUGACGCUCUACUGCAGCCACACGCCCUGCAACGAGCCGGGCAGCGCCUGCCUCAGCCACACUGCAGGGUUCCUGGAGGACUACCCCGGCACGCGCCUCGACCUCUACUUCUCACAGCUCUACCACACCGACGAGAGCCACCCCGCCUCAGGCUGGAACCGCGAAGGGCUGCGCGCCCUGGCCAGCCUCUGGCCCCGCGUCACCCUCAGCCCUCUGUCCGGAGGGGGCUGGCUUUCUCUGCUGCGCAAGUUCGUCACGGGGGUCCCACUGGCCACCUUCUACAGCCCCCUGCUGCCGGGCCGAGCUGGAGCCGACCGACACAAUGCUCUCCAGAUUGCUGUUAUCACUGGGGUGCAGCCAGCCUUCGUAGAUGUGGAGCCUGAGAGUCUCCCCAGGCAGCAUCCCCCGAGGGACAGGCUCAUGCCCCUGCCCUCCUUGAGGCAGCCCUCCCUUGUGAGGAGCCUCCUCAACGUACCCCCAGCCUGGGGCUCCCCGGGACUGUACCAGCCUCCCUGGGACUGGCAGCACUAUCACCCCUGCCUCCUCCCCUCUCUUCCCCCCCACUCCCUCCGCUCCCAGUCCCUCCAGAAGCCCAGGAAUGUGGUGCGCCACCUGCAGAUGCCCAGUGGGGCGCCUCCCCCGAGCCAUCGGAGCCUCCUGCCUCUGCUGCCCCCGAACGGGCGUGCUGUGGAGAUAGUGGAAAUGGUAGAGAGGGAGGUGGAGCCAGAGGAGAAGGAAGGAGGGGCCAGAGAGAGGUAUGGGAGGAGCAAGUCCAAGAAGAAGGGGAGGAGGAACUAGAACAGUCACGGGCACAAACGGGCAUAAAAAAAAAUCAAACAUAAUAAAUGAUUAUGCAGAGGCUCAGGAGGUGAGGAGUCAGAGACAUGUGCCCCGUGUCGGUGAUUAUUUUCUAACUAUCUUCAAUGGUAAAAACAUUAUUUUUUAAAAAUCCAGAUUGUCUUAAUUAACAGCUUUCCCUUUUUUUAAAUGUAUUGUACUCAACGCGAUGUCCUUGCUGUGUGUGUGUGUGUGUGUCGGGGGUAUCAGAGCCCCCUGUACAGCAGCUCCAGGGCUCCCCCCACAGAGCAGCGAGGCUCAGCUACAGGACUGCUCUGCUGUCAGCCUGGGAGAGCUGGAGCAGUACUGGGGAGCCACGCGUACCGAGCGGGGCGAGAGUAUUACACUCAGAGCCCUGGACUGGAGGCUGUUUUAGAAGGUAUAGUUUUAUAAUAUUAUAGUUAAUAGUUUAGAAGACAGUUAAACAAGAAUAAUUUCAAUGUGAUACA